UAGAACACUUUUCCUUUCGCACUGAGUUUUCCUUUGAGAAAAAGAAAAUAAUGUAACUGAACACCCGUGGUCAGUGAGCGCUAAGUUCGAUCCAACAUGGCGAUGCGAAGACUUUUGGUGUUGGUGGCUUUCACCGCGCUGGUGUGCGCCGGUGAGGUGGAGGACAAUGAGCAGAAGAAGCGAGGGGCCGGGAAGACGACUACGCUGAACGCCAUCCCGACCGGCGCGCAGAAGCAGGAGUACACAUAUAUAUACCAGAGCCCCAGCGCUCAAACCAACCAACCUAGUCCGUCCUACCAAACCCAAGUGCCCAACUCCUUCUACCCUACGCAAGGAGGAAGUCAAUACUACAGCAGCAACCCCACUGAAAGCAGUCCUCAGUACGCUCCUCAACCUCAGAUAAAUCUCAUCCCUCCCCCGAGCUCAUCACAGUUUGUACCACUGAAUUUUGUGCCUAAUCCUGGUUACCAAGCUAAGUACCAAAUAGUACCCUCAAAGUCCCAGACGGGGAAUAUUCAGCUGGCAAUCCUGCCGCAGCCUCAAGGGUUACCAUCUCCUUCUGUGGUUCCUUAUCAGUUCUUCAGUCCAAAUCCCACGACCCAAGUCAAUCCACAGCAACAUUCUUUGCAAGGACAGUAUCAGAAUUUAGCUCAAAACUAUCAGUUACCAUUUAGUCCUUAUCUAACUCACCCCUCUAUGUUUUUACUAGCCCAACCUAAUUCUUUGUACAAUAACUUACUUUACCAGAACCCUGUUCCAAGUUUCUAUCAAAAUUACUAUCCAGCAAAUCAAGCGAAGUAUAACAGUCCUUCUUUGCCACCUCCUUCGCAAGAGUAUGAGAAGAUUCAGGGUCCUGUGUCUCAGAGUAUAUCCAAGGAGGACAAUGACUUGAAUGUACAUGGCACAGAGUAUAUAACGCCAUCUGACGCAUCUAGUUACAAGAACGCGUACAGCGCAAGCCGCACAUCAUAUUCCAAGCUUUAACGAAUGUAACGAGUACCUAUGUAAUGAGUAUGUAAUGUAAUGAUUAUGCAUAAUAAUUAAUGAAUGCUAAUUUGUGUAGGUA